CGUCGGCCGGACGAUGGCAGUGAAGCGGUCUCUAUAGACUGGACGAGUCCACGCAAAGAAUCUCUCUUGGAUGAUGAGCGGGACGACUCAGACCGCGAUGGCUCUGCUUCCACUGAACUGGAGCCCGUAAGUGGCUUCUCAACGGACAGACAUGGCCCGGUGGUCUAUGUUCUGCAGGCUCGCUUCUGUCUCUGCCGACACGUAGACGAGGCUUACAUGUCAGACUGGCAGACGCUAAUCAUGGUAACCAUUUUUGAGAGUCUUGUUUACGGAGUCUUGUUCCGGCAAACAAACUUCGCUUUCCAGUCAACCUCUGAUUUUCUCCAAAAAGACGCUUCGUGCUUUAAGCCAUGCAUUAUUAUCACUUGGUACAGCACCUUGUGCUUUACGUAA